UCCGUCAUCACCGUGCGCGGUCCAGCCGUGCCGGAGCCUUUCCCAGAGCCUUUCCCGAGGCCUUUGCCGGGCCAUGACCCGCUGGGCACGGCGGAUCGCCCCGGCCGGGGCGCGGGCGCUGCCCGCCACCCCCUGGGAGCAGCUGGCGCCGGGCGGGGAAACGGAGCCGCCGCGGGCAGCCAGGAGCCGGAGGAGGAAAAAGGAGUACGAGAACCAGGACGUGAACGGGUUCGCGGCACACCGCGGGGCCGAGGAGGAGGAGGAGGAGGCGCGGAGGAAGGACAGGCGGCGGGAGAGCAGGAGGCUGAGGAGGCAGGAGAGGAAGAAGAACGCCAUGGUGUGUUUUCACUGCAGAGAACCUGGCCACGGCGUGGCUGAUUGCCCUGCAGUGCUGGAGAGCCAAGACAUGGGGACGGGGAUUUGCUACCGCUGCGGAUCCACGGAGCACGACCUCAGCAAAUGCAGAGCCAAGGUGGAUCCAGCUGCUGGGCCAUUUCCAUAUGCCAAGUGUUUCAUCUGUGGUGAGAUGGGACAUCUGUCAAGGUCGUGUCCAGAUAACCCCAAGGGGCUCUAUGCUGAAGGUGGGGGCUGCAAGCUUUGUGGCUCUGUGGAGCACUUCAAAAAAGACUGCCCAGAGAAGCAGAAUGCAGCAGAGCAGGUGACAGUCGGGCGCUGGACCCCCGGCCUGAGCGCGGACCACGAGGACGUCGCGGCCGCGCCGGCGCCGCAGGGAGCACGGCCCAAGGCACCCAAGGUUGUCACUUUCUGAGAGCUCCUGCCUCUCAAGGAGUUCUGAGCUGCUGCACUGGAGUGCUGAUGACAGAGAGCGGAUCCAGAAAAUCCAGCCAGCUGCAGAGGAACUGUUGGUUUUCUGUCUCCCCUCGUUUUCCCAGUUUGCCUCCCGAACUUGCCUGGCUGGGAACAACAGGAGCACAGCAAGUGCCUGUUUUAUUAAAGGAUUUGUGGGUGUUUGCUAAAGGUUCUUGUCGGAUUCUGGUUUGGUUUUUGCCUUUUCCUUUCAGGAACAAUGAACUUAUUCCUCCGUAUGUUACAGCUUGUGCAGUCUCAUGGUGGGGUUACAGAUCAGCCCUGUGGGCUGCCGAGCUUGGGGUGCAGUUCCUGAUGGUUGUUGGUGUUAUUAUCAACCAUUAACCUGGUUGGUGAUGCACACUGGGUCAUUUCAGUGUGUUCACUGACAGAAUCCAGCCCUUCCUCUGGAACCUCUGGUGAAACACACCCCUAAGGAAUGUGAGAGGCAUUCUUAGUUUAUUUACUUUUUUUUUCAAAGAAAAUGCUCAAAAAUCUGCAGUGUUUACACACCUUGGUGAGCUGGGAGUAACCUGUUUUUUUGUAAAAAAAAAAAAA